UUCUGCUCGCAUUUGUCACCGCAGGUACAGUACAAAGACAACUAAUGUUAAUUAUAAAUACAGAUCACUGAUGUAUCUCUGUUUUAUCACUAAAGGACGCUCUCUCAGCUGUUAUCAGUGCACAGGAGUGACUGGAUCUUGUGCAGGUCAGACAGCAACAACAUGUCAGAGUGGAUUGUCCAUGUGUGAGAGUCUAACAGUGGUAACAAAAAUUGUUGGCAUUACUUCUAAAGUGAAGGCUAAAGAUUGUGCUGCUGGUUGCUCAAGUGGGUCCAUGAACUUCGGCAUUAUAAAGAUGUCUUCAGACUGCUGUAACAGUGACCUGUGUAACGUCCAGGAUGCUCCAGAUCCCAGCGCUGGCACUCCCAAUGGAAACACAUGUUACACUUGUAAUGGGAAGAGCUGCUCAAAGGUUCUGAGAUGUACAGGGACUGAAGAUCACUGCAUUUCAGCAACAGGAAGUUUCGCAGGCCAGACAGCAGUCGUAAAAGGCUGUGUCUCCAAAUCCAUUUGUGAUGCUGCGUCAGUCAGUAGUGUUAAGGGCAUCUCUUGUUGUUCAGGGAAUCUGUGUAAUGGAGCUAAAAGUGUCACUCAGAGCUUCCUGAUCCUCUGUUUUCCUCUGAUCGCCUUUAUCAUCAUGCUCUGAAUACACAUUCAGUUUCUACAAUCUGACAUGCUCUACACACAAUACCAUUAA